AUAACCAUUCACCCUCUUCCCUCUUUUGGAUAAUCUUUAAACACUUAUUCUAAAAUCAUUUGGGGCUCAUUUGUGUUUUUAGCUUACAUUUAGCUUGUGCUUGGUGGGAAUUAAACUGGCUGACGGGUCUUUCUUUCCAGCUGUUUCGGCCAUAAAUAGCAUAAGGCAUGCUUAUGUUCAUUGAACAAAAAUGAGUUAUGCCAUAUUAAAGUCGACUAGUUAAGUAAAUAAUUAAAGAGAAGUGUAUUUAUUACUUCGCAGAUUUUUCAAGAAGCUAAACGAAUCCCUUGCCGGGAGGUGGGAAUGUACUGCACUGCAAGGAAUCACAAGGAAGAGUUUUCAAAGUGCGAGGGAAAGAGGAGAAAGGUGUUUUCAGGUUGCGUGCGUGCUGCAGCCAUUUAGAAAGGGAGUAAUAAGAAGGGUGACGGAAAGCAGUUCGAUUAAAUACAUUUUAAACACUUGUGACCAAUCAAAUUCAAGAAACAGAGAAAAAUAUAUACUGUACUGGCUAGGGCAUUUGGCGAGUACACGUACUAGACACCCAAUGAAAUACCCAGUCCGCUGAUGUUGCCAAACCUGGCCUGAGUCUUCCGCUAUUUUCUUUCUCUCUGUCCCUCUUUUGGGAGCUGUGUCUCUGCUAGUGUGCGUACGGUGAGGUUGUUUGGUCUGGAUGUUGCGCUCAACUCGCAUUGAUCCAUUGAUUGCACAUGGUCCCCGAGUCUGACCUCCGCGCCCAGAGAAGCCGUUUCCAUGGUAACCUCCCCAUGCACUAACCAGCAGCUGAUUGUAAAUUCCUGCAGAAAAAGAAAAUCCUUGCAAGUAGCCGGAGAAAGAGAGAGAGGGAGAGCGAGAGCUGUAGCAAUGCGCGGAUCUUCAUCUCUCCUCCCCCUUCCUCUUCUCGUCUUCACUCUAUCUCUCUCUCUCCCCCUCUCUCUCUCUUAUAUUGAAAUUGGCUAGGGUCGAACAUGAUCACAGAACUCUCUCCAGUGUUGCACAUAGCCGGGCACCUCGUAGUACCCGAGCAUUUAAAGUAAAACACGGGGAAGGGAGAGCAACCCGAGCAGGGCUAAGGAAGAAAGGAGUAUCCUCACCUUGCUCUUCAUUGAACGCCUCAAAAAAUUGUGUUGCUUGCUCUUGUCCGAGGACGUACAUGUGUAUAUGUUUAAGCAAUUUUAUUAUAUGUAUGUAAUAUGUAUAGGUACGCUGUGAUGCGCGCUAGUAUUGGAUUUUUAGGUUUCUUUUUGGUUGCCUUUGUCCAACAGCCUGAUAGUGCUUUAGGAACCAAAUCUACUCAAGAUGUUGAUGAGUGUGCAGAAGCAUUGGAUAACUGUAACAUCGAUGCUAUCUGUCAGAACACCCUGAAGUCUUAUAAGUGCAUAUGCAAGUCUGGCUAUACUGGGGAUGGCAAGCAUUGCGAAGACAUCGACGAAUGUGAGAGUGAUUACAAUGGGGGCUGUGUGCACGAGUGCAUCAACAUCCCAGGGAACUACCGCUGCACUUGUUACGAUGGCUUCAGACUGGCACACGACGGACACAACUGUCUGGACUGGUACCAGUCACUCAAGCAAUGCCAACCAGUCCUUGUUGAGACUUGA